CUUUUUCAGUUCUGAGGAUUUGAUCCACGUGGGACUUCAGGAAGUCUGAACAUCAUUUGCUGCGUGGAUGUAAACUCUGAUUUCAACGAUCUAUAGGUACAGAACGAACUUUCACAGUUCACAGCUGAGUUACCGUUUAGGUCAAAAAUCAUUGGAUUAUCUGUUUCUGACAUCAUGGCGCCAAAGAAGGAGCUGCUCAUCCUUGGUUUGCUGUGUUUGCUGCACACUUGUGUCUCUGGCUGUCGGCUGGGUUUCAUCUAUGAAGGUGGUCAGUGUGAGGAUAUUAACGAGUGCGUUGAAGCUGAGAGGAGAAGAGAAAUUAUCUGUGGAGCAGAGGGGAGCUGCAGGAACACCGAGGGGAGCUUCUGGUGCCAGUGUCCCAAAGGAUUCAUCAACUAUAACAGCAAGAGUUCACCGUGCUCAGAUGAGAACGAGUGCACAGAAAACACAGAUCAAUGUGGGAAACACGCAAAGUGCUUCAACACUCUGGGAAGCUUCUACUGUCAGUGUUUGGAGGGAUACGAGCACACGGGACUCAGCGGGCAGUGCCAAGAUAUUAACGAGUGCGUUGAAGCUGAGAGGAGAAGAGAAAUUAUCUGUGGAGCAGAGGGGAGCUGCAGGAACACCGAGGGGAGCUUCUGGUGCCAGUGUCCCAAAGGAUUCAUCAACUAUAACAACAAGAGUUCACCGUGCUCAGAUGAGAACGAGUGCACAGAAAACACAGAUCAAUGUGGGAAACACGCAAAGUGCUUCAACACUCUGGGAAGCUUCUACUGUCAGUGUUUGGAGGGAUACGAGCACACGGGACUCAGCGGGCAGUGCCAAGAUAUUAACGAGUGCGUUGAAGCUGAGAGGAGAAGAGAAAUUAUCUGUGGAGCAGAGGGGAGCUGCAGGAACACCGAGGGGAGCUUCUGGUGCCAGUGUCCCAAAGGAUUCAUCAACUAUAACAGCAAGAGUUCACCGUGCUCAGAUAUUAACGAGUGCGUUGAAGCUGAGAGGAGAAGAGAAAUUAUCUGUGGAGCAGAGGGGAGCUGCAGGAACACCGAGGGGAGCUUCUGGUGCCAGUGUCCCAAAGGAUUCAUCAACUAUAACAACAAGAGUUCACCGUGCUCAGAGCUGGACUGUGACACCUUCAGUCCCGACAAUACGACCUCACACGCUCAGUCGCUCGGAGGCCUGGCAGACAUUUUGUCCAUGAUGAGGAACAGCUGUUUGGCUCUUUCCAACUCGACCACUGCGAGUGGAGGGAAGGUUGACGGAGAGGAGCUGCUGCAGAAACUCUUCACAGCGACUGACGCCAUGUUGUCUCCUCAUCACCUGGACAGCAGCGAGGACGUGAGCGAGGACAUGAGCGGGCUGCUCGACGCGGUGGAGAACUUCGUCAGGGUCAUCGGUCCACAGCUCAAAGGAAACCACACUAAGAUAGAGACCAGCAUGACAGAGGUGGAGGUCGCGGUGCAAAGAGGACAGACUCCACCCACGGGAUCCAUCCAUCUGACCAAUGAGAACACUCGUCUAGACACUGACUGGAUGACAGCAGCAGGGACAGGAUCGUACCCUGGUUACGCUAUGGCGGCGCUGUUGACCUAUAAGAACCUUGAGAAGACCAUAAACGGGUCCUUUGAGAAGCUCUCAGGAUAUGAAAAAGACGGUGUGGAUCCCUCCUUUCAGAUCUUCUCCAGAGUCGUCUCAGUUGUUGUGUCUAACCCCGCCCCCCAGAAUCUGAGCAGCCCAGUCAACAUCACCCUGAGACAUCUGGACACAGAGAAGUCUCCUGAUGUCAGCUUCGUCUGUGCGUUCUGGACUGAGGGACGAGCCUGGUCCACACAUGGUUGCUAUCAGCAGCAGUCGAAUAGCACACACACAGUGUGUACGUGUGAACAUCUGAGCAGCUUCGCGGUGCUAAUGGCACGCUACGAUGUGAAGCACACCUUCGGGCUCCUCCUCAUCACUAAGAUCGGACUGACCGUGUCCCUGCUGAGUCUCCUCCUCUGCAUCCUCACCUUCAAGUUCUGCCGCUCCAUACAAGGGACUCGAACCACCAUCCACCUGCACCUGUGUGUCUGCCUCUUCAUUGCUGACCUCGUCUUUCUGGCGGGCAUCUCACAAACCAAACCUGAGGGUGGCUGCAGGUUGGUUGCAGCCAUGCUUCAUUUCUUCUUCCUGGGAGUGUUUACCUGGAUGCUGUUAGAGGGGGUGCAGCUGUACCGUAUGGUGGUCCUGGUGUUCAACGCCACCAUCCGGCCCCUCUACUUAUUCAUGGCUGGUUACGGGGCCCCUCUGGUGAUCCUCAUCCUGUCGGCCAUCAUUCGGCCUGCGGGAUAUGGCACUGACCAGCACUGCUGGCUGUCUCUGAGUGACAACCUCAUCUGGAGCUUCUUCGGCCCCGUGUGCCUCAUAAUCAUCCUCAACAUCUUCUUCUUCAUCAUCACCAUCUGGAAGCUCGCUCAGAAGUUUUCCAGCCUCAACCCUGACCACUCCAAGCUGCAAAAAGUCAGAGCGUUCACAAUGACCGCGAUCGCCCAGAUGUGCAUACUCGGUCUGAUGUGGGUUUUCGGGGCCUUCCUGUUUGAAGAGGGCCCCAUAGUGGUAGCUUAUCUCUUCACUAUCCUGAACAGCCUGCAGGGGGCGCUGGUCUUCAUCAUGCAUUGUCUGCUGUCUAAACAGGUGAGAGAGGAGUACGCCCAUUUCCUGUCCUGUAUCUGCAUAUCACAGAAGAAGAGAUACUCAGACUUCAGCAGUACAAAUCUGUCCAGUAGUCAGUCACAGGCUUCUGGCAGUGGGCAGCACACAGGAGAGUCCCAAAUCUGAAGCUCUUCUCUCCACCAAUGUUGGAGAGCUCAGUGUGAAUGUUAGGGAGCGCUGUGUGAAUGUUAGAGAGCUCAGUGUGAAUGUUAGAGAGCUCUGUGUGAAUGUUAGAGAGCUCUGUGUGAAUGUUAGAGAGCUCUGUGUGAAUGUUAGAGAGCUCUAAUGUUAGAGAGCUCAGUGUGAAUGUUAGAGAGCUCUAAUGUUAGAGAGCUCAGUGUGAAUGUUAGAGAGCUCAGUGUGAAUGUUAGAGAGCUCAGUGUGAAUGUUAGGGAGCUCUGUGUGAAUGUUAGAGAGCUCUGUGUGAAUGUUAGAGAGCUCUAAUGUUAGAGAGCUCAGUGUGAAUGUUAGAGAGCUCUAAUGUUAGAGAGCUCUGUGUGAAUGUUAGAGAGCUCUAAUGUUAGAGAGCUCAGUGUGAAUGUUAAGGAGCUUUGUGUGAAUGUUAGGGAGCUUUGUGUGAAUGUUAGAGAGCUCUAAUGUUAGGUAGCUUUGUGUGAAUGUUAGAGAGCUCUAAUGUUAGGUAGCUUUGUGUGAAUGUUGGAGAGCUCAGUGUGAAUGUUAGGGAGCUCAGUGUGAAUGCUAGAGCUCAGUGUGAAUGUUAGAGAGCUCUGUGUGAAUGUUAGAGAGCUCUGUGUGAAUGUUAGAGAGCUCUAAUGUUAGAGAGCUCAGUGUGAAUGUUAGAGAGCUCAGUGUGAAUGUUAGGGAGCUCUGUGUGAAUGUUAGAGAGCUCUAAUGUUAGAGAGCUCAGUGUGAAUGUUAGAGAGCUCAGUGUGAAUGUUAGGGAGCUCUGUGUGAAUGUUAGAGAGCUCUGUGUGAAUGUUAGAGAGCUCUGUGUGAAUGUUAGAGAGCUCUAAUGUUAGAGAGCUCUGUGUGAAUGUUAGAGAGCUCUAAUGUUAGAGAGCUCAGUGUGAAUGUUAAGGAGCUUUGUGUGAAUGUUAGGGAGCUUUGUGUGAAUGUUAGAGAGCUCUGUGUGAAUGUUAGAGAGCUCUAAUGUUAGGUAGCUUUGUGUGAAUGUUAGAGAGCUCUAAUGUUAGGUAGCUUUGUGUGAAUGUUGGAGAGCUCAGUGUGAAUGUUAGGGAGCUCUGUGUGAAUGUUAGAGAGCUCAGUGUGAAUGUUAGAGAGCUCUGUUGCAGUGUGCAGCCUCUAAGUUUAGAACAUAAUUCAACUUAUUUUUCUACUUUGUUUUCAUGAUGAUGUCAUGUCUUGAUGAUGGUACUGUUUCCUUUUUAUAAACGCCACAUUUAUUUUAAUAAAGCUGUUUUUCUGCUCAAA